AUGACUUUUACGACGACUGUCCCUUUUCAUCAUAAUCCUCUAUCCAGUGUCUUUGCACAGAAGUACGCCCCUCGUUACUCUCAAAACGACUCCGAGCUUUUUAGCUACCUCGCUGCCAUCAGCAAGCAGAAAUGGGUGUACAAUUCAAGCAAUGCAAAGGAGUUCAGGGUCGACUUACGAGCUGCUCUAGGGAAAGAAGGACGGUUUGAAAAUUUCAUCGCAACACGACAAAAUACGCGGCUGGACCAAAAUAUCAGCUUUUAUCUUCGUGGCUCUAUGCUAAUGUCCAAAACCUUGUGGAGAUCGCUUCCAAGGGAUACAAUAUAUAAACGUAGACGUCAUCGGACCUGUAGUGUUGUUGGCUCCAGCGGUGUACUGAACGGAUCCCGAUGUGGAAAUCUCAUAGACAAGGCAAACUUUGUCCUCAGAUUCAACUUGGCUUAUGUGAAAGGCUAUGAAGCCGACGUUGGCAUCAAAACACACUUCACGACGUUAAACCCUUCAUUAGUAUACAAAAGGUUUAAUAGGCUGAGGACCAAGCAAAACUAUGCAGACUUUGAGGAAGUCUUAAAGCAGUUUAAGGGCAGCCAACUGUGGCUGCCAGCAUUUGCUUCCACCUUGCAUCAUCGAACCCUCCUCAGAGUCGCGAGUGCUGCCCGAUAUUCCAAGCUAGUCACGCCCAUCCUUGGCCACCCUGACCACUACACCACCGUGGCAAAGCUUUGGAAGAAAACGUUGAAUGUAACUGGCUGGACCACAACAGGUCUGCACGUGUUCACGUCCAUCUUCGAUCUGUGUGACCGAAUUGAUGUCUUCGGUUUCUGGCCGUUUGCCGAAUCCUUGGAGGGCAAGACGUUACCAUACCACUACCACGACGGCAGACGAGGCUCGUCAGCUCACAGUUUCACCAAAGAAUUCAAGGCGAUAUUGCAUUUGCACGAGCUUGGCAUUAUCAAUUUGCAUUUGGGUUCAUGCUUAUGAUCGUUCUAUGUGACCUGCUAAUUUUGUUACAUGUCCCAGAAAGCAAUUUUAAACCUUCCCGCCUGCUUUAAAAUGCAUCAUAUGGCGCGAAACGGAGCUAACUUCUAUUAUGGACCAUAACUUUUACUUUUUGUUCAUUUGUUUAUGAUGUUAAUAACAAUCUCGGUUUAUUUUAUAUAAAUAGACAUUUCUUUUA